UAUUUUCAGCCCUGUGAAGCCUCUCGAUCUCAGCAAUAUUAAUCAACUCCUCCACCUUCUAAAGUCCUUUCCACAAGUGCUUUUAAACCCAUUUCAACAAUGAAUCCAAUCAUGGAAGAAAAAUACCGAGCCAUGAAUAGUUACAAUAAGAGUAAUUUUAUUUACAAUCUAAUUCUUCAUUCUCUCACAGCACUAACAUGCAGCUUACUAUGUUCCUAUCCUUACUGGUUUCCUUCUCUCUGCUGUUCAACCAAGCAUUUUCUGUUUAUCUCUCUCCCAAAUAUUUCUGCUUUCUUCGUUAACCCCAAGUGCUUGUUCAUAGUAGUCAAUGUAAUAGUUGUCUUCCUCGUGGGGGAAUCAAAGCUUGUGGCGGGCUCAAACUCAUCGCCGGUCGACGAACUUCGCGACGAAUAUGUGGAGAGGAGUCACAGUCUCAGGGGACACUGCUCCCGUACUCUUCAAGAGAGAAAAGAGGAGAGGAGUUCUGAAACUUAUGAUGGAUAUAGUAAGAGGAACCAAGGUCUCGACAGUGGAGACUACGAACUUCUUGAGGAAAAAGAAGAGAGGAAAUUGGAGAAGAACUUCAUUGAGGACGGUGUGCAUAGGAUUGAAGGUAAACAAGUUGUUAAAGCAGAAAAAGAAGAAGAAGAAGAAGUUGUUAAAGCAGAAGUUGAUGAUGUGCAUGAUGAAGAGGGAGAGGAAGAGGCUGGAUUGCCUGCUGAGGAGCUGAGAAAAAGAGCUGAUGAGUUUAUUGCGAAGGUCAACAAACAAAUGUGGCUUGAAGCCAAGUGAUUGGUUUAAUUUGUACUAAUUAAAGCAUGAUUAGUAUAAUACAUCCUGCUAAAAAAGAAGAGAACAUUGGGGUGAAUGAUCAACCAUGUGGAAUUAUUAUCAUC